UUUCAGAAUGUAGUGUUAGUAAAUAAGUAAAUAACAUUUUAUUGUUGUCUGUCGGUGUAAAACGACGGUGCUCUGACGUCAAAUUUAUUUACAUUUAUUUUAUUUUUUUUACUUCAGCCUAAUUUGACGGAGGUUAUACCCUUCACGCCGUCCAUUAGCAAACAUUUACUUGAAUUCCUGGUGUUUUAAAAUUUACUCUGAUUUAAUUGCAAUUGAAAUGACAAAACCGUUAGCGGUUAAUCUUAACCUUUAAGUCUGUAACCGAUUACGAAACAAAACAAAACAAUGAACCGGCUUCAGCUGGACGAGUGGUUAAACUGUUUCAAUAAGAGUAGCGUGGAGAAAGACUACAGCGUUCCGUUUUCUAACUACGUCCAUCAGGUAAAAUAAAGCACGCAGAAUUUCUCUCUUCAGUAAAAUAUUCAUUCUUUUUCGAAGCUGCUUUAUUGGACGUGGGCGUCGAUCAUCACUGACUACGUUUACCCGCACGUUAAACUCCGUUUAUAGUCUCUACUCGUAUCGCAGCCGUGUUCCGAGUACGACGUCGACGUGCGUACAGGUGUCGGAGUAUUCCUGUAUACACGCUAGUGAGCGUGCUGAUCUACACACGCGCUGUUAUUUCCCGGGAGGUUCGAGAUGCUGCCGUUGCUACCCAGAAUAAAGCGUUUAGAUGCAACAAAUUAUCAAUUAAACGGGCCAUGUUCCAGGGUUUGGAAUCAGAAUAUUGUCUUCAUCUGCGUUUACAUGAUACUAAUUAGACUAUUUCCGUGUGUGUGCGUGUGUUUCUGCGUAUUGAUUGCUUACACCUUCAAUUACUAUGAACAGAAAAACAUCUGCUUCAGAAGAUUCUGUAAAACCGAACAAACUUGGAUUUAUCACUGGAACAGAAAGAGUUGAGAACACUGCUACUGGAGCUCAUUUACACGGUUCUCUAAACCACACAGAGAGAGAGAGAGAGAGAGCAAGAGAGAGAGAAAGUCGUUUCCUCAUGCGGUCAUCUGGUUUCCUGAUCGUGGCGUACAGCCAAGCCCACAAGUCAAGCUUGAGCUAUAUAAGAGACCGCAGAAGACCGAGAGCGCACACACACCAUUCCUGCAGUUGAGGUCUUCUUCACUUCUCUAAACGACCGUGACCUGGGAGUUCUGUGUCAGGAUUAUAUUUAGCGUGAAAAGAAGAAAAGGUCAUCACCAGAGGUGAAAGGCCGCCAGAACAGACUCGAGAUGGCGUACAAGCGAACGUGGGUCUGUCGUCUUCUCCUCUUUGGAAUUUCCAUCACCUUCGCUCAAGGAUCAGGAAGAUCCAUGCAGGACAAUCCAGCUGUGUUCGAUACCGAAGGUGACUACGACUGGACGACUUGGUUCAACAUCGAUCACCCUGGAGGGAAGGGAGAUUAUGAGCAGUUGGAUGCGAUUCGAUUCUAUUACCGAGCUCGUGUGUGUGAAUCCCCACGGGCGCUAGAAGCUCGUACUACAGACUGGAUACCAGCUCGCAGAACCGGAGAGAGAGUGCACGCUGAACCCGCUGUGGGAUUCUGGUGCAUCAAUUCAGAACAACCUGAAGGGAAGAGCUGCUCUAAUUACGCAGUCCGUUUCCUGUGCCCAAGAGACACCAAGCCAGAAACUCGAGGAACGUGGGGUCACUGGUCAGACUGGACCCCGUGUCCUGCACAAUGUGGCCAGGUCGCAGCCCAGGUCCGAUCCAGAACGUGCACAACCCAAUCCAGGCAGUGUAACGGUCUAAAGAUGGAGAGCAGACAGUGCAAAGGACCCGUAUGUCCAGGUUGUAGUUUGCAGUGUGUGAUGGGCAAGGCAAACACAGACUGCAGUGCUUGCAUGUGUGAGGAUCACACAGUGCUUGGGUCAGUUCGUAGAGCUGGAAGUCUUCCAGCUCCUGGGGCAGCAAUCCUCCUUUCAGGCACAAGCCCCAAACUUCUCACGCUAUCUGACCACAAUGGACACUUCCGUGUACCAAGGAUCUGCCCAAACGGCAACACUACACUGCUGAUCAAGCUGCAGGGCCACAGACCUAAGGAGAUUGUUAUGCCACUGAGCUCUGAGCCUACAACUGUACUUCAUGUGAAGCUGGAGCGAGCAAAAAACCUGUAUGUGCAAAAGAACCCAGAGUCAAAGGCGAGGAGAACGGGUCAGACGGCUGCCUUCUGCUGCAAGGUUACUGGUUCACCUGAACCUGAUGAGUACCAGUGGUUUCACAACGGAACUCUGCUUGCGAAGAGUAUACAUCACUAUGACGAGAGACUUGUUUUGAGGAACCUAAGCAUGGAUCAGGCUGGAGAGUACUACUGCAGAGCCACCAAUGAGAACGGUGCCAUUAAAUCCAAGCCAGCCACACUCUUAGUCAUAGGUCAAGCUGAGCCUUCAUGCAACCCAAAUCCUGAAUCCCACAUGAUCCGUCUGCCUCAUGAUUGCUUCCAGAACCAGUCGAACUCAUUCUACUAUGACGUAGGAAGAUGCCCCAUAGAAACAUGCAGCGGCCAGCUGGACAAUGGUAUCCGAUGCAAAGACUCCAUAUCUUUCUGCUGUGGGGUGUCCAAAAUGGAAGAGAGACAGAUAACAUGCCAAGGCUACCAGUUACCUACGAUGGUGGUCACCCAAUGUGGCUGCAAAAAAUGUGUGGAAAUAAAGACAAUAGUUCGUGGGCAUGCUAUUGCAGCAGAUACAGGAGAGCCCUUAAGGUUUGGGCACAUCUAUAUGGAUGGUGCAAGGAUUAGCCGAACAGGAUACAAGGGCACUUUCUCCAUCCAAGUUCCCACAGAUACUGAACGGCUAGUUCUUACUUUUGUAGACAACAUGCAAAAGUUUGUGAACACUACUAAAGUGCUUUUGUUUAACAACAAAGGUGGAGCUGUGUACCAUGAGAUCAAACUGCUGAGGAAAAAGCCUCCUGUUACCUUAAGCUCAAGCGCUAGCAACAAACUACAGCUUGGAGAAGUACAAGGUGAGGAACCUAUGGCUGAGCUUGAAAUUCCACCAAACUCUUUCUACAAGCAGAAUGGAGAGGUAUUUGUAGGUAAUGUGAAGGCCAGCGUUACCUUCAUGGACCCAAGAGAUGUAUCCACAGCAGCGGCCGCUCAAAGUGAUCUCAACUUCAUUGGCACCGAAGGUGAUACGUUGCCCUUGAGAACCUAUGGCAUGUUCUCAGUUGACUUCAGGGAUGAGGCAGACGGGGAGUCACUGAAUGCUGGAAAAGUAAAGGUUCGACUUGACGCGGCCCAAGUCAAAAUGCCGGAACACCUGGAGACAAUGAAACUGUGGUCCCUCAACCCAGAGACUGGCCUUUGGGAAGAAGAAGGACAGCUUCGUAUGGAGAAAAAACAACGACGAAAGCGAGAAGAAAGGACUUUCCUCGUAGGAAACAUGGAAAUACGAGAAAGACGGCUGUUUAACUUGGAUGUGCCUGAAAACAGAAGAUGCUAUGUUAAAGUCAGAGCUUUCCGUAGUGAACGAUAUAUGUCGAGUGAGCAAGUGGAGGGUGUUGUGGUAACUCUGAUUAAUAUGGAGCCUACAGCUGGUUACUCCAGCAACCCUCGUGCAUGGGGUCGGUUUGAUAGCGUCAUCACUGGUCCCAAUGGUGCAUGUCUACCUGCCUUCUGUGAUGACCAAAGAGCAGAUGCUUAUUCAGCUUACGUCAUGGCAAACCUUGGAGGUGAAGAACUGGAAGCAGUAGCUUCAGCGCCGAAAUUAAAUCCCAACAUCAUUGGUGUCCCUCAACCCUAUUUGAAUAAGCUGAACUACAGAAGAACAGAUCACGAUGAUCUUAGAAUCAAGAAGACGGCGUUCAGUAUCAACAUAGCAAAACCCAGCCCAAACGCAGCUGAAGAAGCAAACGGUCCCAUUUAUCCAGUGGAAAAACUGAAGGAGUGUGAAGAAGCUCCAUUUAACGCACCUCACUUCCGUUUUUCAAGAGUCGAAGGAGAUCGCUAUGACUACAACACGGUUCCUUUCAACGAGGACGAUCCAAUGAGUUGGACAGAAGACUACUUGAGCUGGUGGCCAAAGCCGACAGAAUACAGAGCUUGCUUUAUUAAAGUAAAACUCAACAGCCCACAUGAACUCAAUGUCCGUUCUCACAACAUGGGAGGUACCCAUCCGAGAACGGUUGGCCAACUCUAUGGCCUUCGAGACACCCGCAGUAUCAGAGACCGGGACCAGUCCAGUGUCUCAGCAGUCUGUUUGGAGUUCAAAUGCAGUGGCAUGCUGUAUGACCAAGACAGAGUGGAUCGCACUCUAGUAAAGGUGAUCCCGCAGGGUAGUUGCAAGCGAGAGAGUGUUAACAGCAUGCUACAAGAGUACUUGGUCAAUCAUCUUCCACUAGCUGUCAACAAUGACACCAAUGAGUUCACCAUGCUUGCACCACUGGACCCUUUGGGCCACAAUUAUGGCAUCUACACAGUUACCGACCAAGAUCCUCGCACAGCUAAGGAGAUAGCACUUGGACGCUGUUUUGACGGUACGUCGGAUGGGACGUCACGAGUAAUGAAGAGCAAUGAAGGUGUGGCAUUAAUCUUCACUUGCGGCGACAAAGAGGUCACCAGACAGAGCGUGUUCCAGCAGCUCCAGAAUGCUCCAGGCCGGGCCAUAAUGGGGACUACUCGUCCAGGUAGAGGCAAUCGGAGGCAGAGAGGAGACUCAUCAGCCACACUCCGUAAUAGCCAGAGAAGAAGUACCCGCAAUCCCAACAUUCGCUCUCCAGCCACCCGCCGAAGCUCCUAAUGAAUAUGUCUAACGGAAAUGGCCUGGCGAGAUCUAGUUUUGUUUUGUUUCUUACACUAAUGCAUAAUUCCUAUGUUAUAAGAUGAACUGAGAAAUUAGACUUAUGGGUUAGAGUACAGGUUCCGAGCCCUGGUCCUGAAGUACUCCCUCAACACACUUGAUUCAACUAAUCAACCAAUUCCUGAGAUGCAGUGGGCAUAUUAGAGCAGGGAAAACAAGGUGAAAGGACCAGGAUUAAAGAACAACUAAUCCCCAUUGUACCGCAAACUCAUAGCAAUAUUAGAAAUAAGAUUAUGUCCAGGAAAAAGCAUUUCAAGGAAUGUUUCUUUUUUCCCCCCUAAACAAUUUAAUCACUUUUACCAAAUACACCUAUUCUUAAGUCAUAUACAUCAAUCACUUACCUGUACUGUGAUAGUUACUACUUGAAGUUGUAAAUAGUGGGAUAUUUAUUUCAUACACAAUGUUAAGGAACCAGAACUUAAAAUAAAUGUCUAUGUAUUUGACUCAUACUACAGAAGGUUUAAAAAAAAAAAAAAACCAAA